GGCGGAGGAAGUGUAUCACGCAGGCGCAGCUGCUCGGCUCUUCAUACCCUAGCGCUCCGGCCCUGCACUCACGGACAAGUCCCGACUGCGCGCGCCCCGCUCCACUCCCCCUGCUCCGGGACCGCCCCCUCCCCGCUUUCGGCGUCGUGGAAGAUAAACAAUAGUUGGCCGGCGAUCGCCAAGUGCGCCUCUCGCUGCCAGAUUCGGCGGGCUGCGUGGGACCGGCGGGAUUCCCGCCAGCCGGCCAUGGCGGGGCUGUACUCGUUGGGAGUGAGCGUCUUCUCCGACCAGGGUGGGAGGAAGUACAUGGAAGACGUUACUCAAAUCGUGGUGGAGCCCGAGCCCACCGCUGAAGAAAAGCCCUCGCCCCGGCUGUCGCUCACUCAGCAGUCACCUCCGCAGCCGUCACAGCCGGCUCUUCCUGGCGGCGAAGUCUCGGGGAAAGGCCCAGCGGUGGCAGCCGAAGAGGCUUGCGACCCUCCUCCGGACGCCGCGGCCUCACCGGCUCCCGGCUGCCGCCGCCGUUCCUCGGUGGCAUUUUUUGCUGUGUGCGACGGGCAUGGUGGGCGGGAGGCGGCACAGUUUGCCCGGGAGCAUUUAUGGGGUUUCAUCAAGAAGCAGAAGGGGUUCACCUCGUCCGAGCCGGCGAAGGUUUGUGCUGCCAUCCGCAAGGGCUUCCUCGCCUGUCAUCUCGCCAUGUGGAAGAAACUGGCAGAAUGGCCAAAGACUAUGACAGGUCUUCCCAGCACAUCAGGGACAACAGCCAGUGUGGUCAUCAUACGGGGCAUGAAGAUGUAUGUAGCUCAUGUUGGUGACUCAGGCGUGGUUCUUGGAAUUCAAGAUGACCCAAAGGAUGAUUUUGUCAGAGCUGUGGAAGUAACACAGGACCAUAAGCCAGAACUUCCCAAGGAAAGAGAACGAAUCGAAGGACUUGGUGGGAGUGUGGUGAACAAGUCUGGGGUGAAUCGUGUAGUGUGGAAACGACCUCGGCUCACUCAUAAUGGACCUGUUAGAAGGAGCACAGUUAUUGACCAGAUUCCUUUUCUGGCAGUGGCAAGAGCACUUGGUGAUUUGUGGAGUUAUGAUUUCUUCAGUGGUGAAUUUGUGGUGUCACCUGAACCAGACAUAAGUGUCCACACUCUUGAUCCCCAGAAGCACAAGUAUAUUAUCUUGGGGAGUGAUGGACUUUGGAAUAUGAUUCCACCUCAAGAUGCCAUCUCAAUGUGCCAGGACCAAGAGGAGAAAAAAUACUUGAUGGGUGAACAUGGACAAUCUUGUGCCAAAAUGCUUGUGAAUCGAGCACUAGGCCGCUGGAGGCAGCGUAUGCUUCGAGCAGAUAAUACUAGCGCCAUAGUAAUCUGCAUCUCGCCAGGAGUGGACAGCCAGGGAAGUUUCAGUAAUGAAGAUGAGCUCUAUCUGAACCUGACCGAUAGCCCUUCCUAUAAUAGUCAAGAAACGUGCCUGAUGACUUCUUCUCCAAGUUCUACACCACCGGUCAAGUCACUGGAGGAGGACCCUUGGCCAAGACUGAACUCUAAAGACCAUAUACCUGCCCUUGUUCGUAGUAAUGCCUUCUCAGAGAACUAUGUAGAAGUCCCAGCUGAGGUAGCUGGAGGGAAUGUCCAGGCUGCAGUCAUACCCUCUAAAGAUCCAGAGCCACUUGAAGAAAAUUGCACUAAAGCCCUGACUUUAAGGAUACAUGAUUCUUUGCAUAAUAGCCUGCCAGUUGGCCUUGUGCCUACCAAUUCAACAAACGCCAUUGUGGACCAAAAAAAUUUAAAGAUGUCAACUCCAGGUCAAAUGAAAGCCCAAGAAGUUGAAAGAACCCCUCCAGCAAACUUUAAACGGACAUUAGAAGAAUCCAAUUCUGGCCCUCUUACGAAGAAGCAUAGACGAAAUGGUUUAAGUCGAAGUAGCAGUGCUCAGCCUGCAAGCCUUCCCGCAACCUCGCAGCGAAAGAACUCUGUGAAACUCACCAUGCGACGAAGACUUAGGGGCCAGAAGAAAAUUGGAAACCCUUUAUUGCACCAGCACAGAAAAGCUGUUUGUGUUUGCUGAACUGUAUCUGGAAAAUGGUUUCUUUCCCUAUUUAGGAUAUGAAGCUUUUUGGAGUUGGUGCUGAAGGCGAACUUUUUAAAAAGGCACACGAAAAAGUAAUAUGCUGUUUGACUUUUUGGAAUUCAACAGUUUAAUCCAAUCCUAAACUGUGUACUUGCUUGUAUUAUAAAUGUGAAUUCUGUAGAUGUUAGGGUAUACGUUGCUGUAAAAUGUGUGUAAAUUUGUAUCCUUCACACAAACUCAGCCUCUUACCCUGAUACACAGUAAAUAUAACAAGAGGGCUAAAGGUUUAAAAAACAAAUCAAAAGACUAUUAGAUUUUAGAAGUACAUUAACUUUUAAAAAUAGUUAUUGAGUCAUUUGUGAUGAAAACUAUACAACUUUUUAAAGUAAAUUAUUAAGCAAAUUGGAAAGGUGAUGUAUUUUCAUAGUGAUCUGUGUUCUACUUAAUGUUUCUUAGAGACUAUUGUCUUUUAAAAAUUAUUUUUAAUUUCUAAUUUCAUAAUUUUUCAUAGAAGCAGAAAUAGCUGGGUAUUAGUCUCCUUUCCUCCUUAAAAUACUAUGCAGUAUCUCUUAUUUCAGUAGCAUUUUUCUAAAAAAAUAAUAAUCAGAUAUACUCACUAACUAUUUGGAAUAGAAGGUGUGCUUUCCUAAAAAAUGCCCUUUCAGUUAUCCCAUUCUGUGGCAUUAUUAGGUCUGAAAGUAGUUACCCUCUUCUAGUGUUUGCAUAAAAUAUGUGAAGUUUUUCUUGCUAUUUCUUGCUCAAUAAAAGAUGGUGCUGCUAAUUCCCAACAUUUUUUAAAUUAUUUUAUAUAUCAUACAGUUUUCAUUGAUUAUAUGGGUAUAUGUUUGUUCAUCUAAUAAAUCAGUGAACUGUUUGUGAUGUUGCUGGAUUUUUAUUGUUGGUUUUAAUGAUUAUAUUAACUUUCUGUUGUGCCAUGAUCGUGCUUUCAGAGUAACUUAAAAUACAUGUAAUGUUUAUUUUUGCACUCUUAACUUUAAAUUAGAAUACAUCAGCGCAGGCUAAAUAGCUAACAAUAAGAAUAUAGUUAAGUCAUGGCUUGUAAGCAUUCGAUGACAUUUAUAACAAUUAAAAGUGAAUAAAACUGCCCUGGUUGGUGUGGCUCUGGAUUGAGUGCUGGCCUGCAAACCGAAAGGUCGCUGGUUCGAUUCCCAGUCAAGGCACAUGCCUAGGUUGCAGGCCAGGUGCCCAGUUGGGGGUGUGCAAGAGGCAACGGAUUGAUGUAACUCUUGCACAUCGAUGUUUCUCUCCCUUUCUCCCUCCCUUCCCCUCUCUCUAAAAAUAAAUAAAUAAAAUCUUUUUUAAAAUGUGUAAAGCUUUGUUAAUAUAGGAAAAUAGCUAAAAGAAGCUAAUACUAAAACAUUAAGUAUGUCAUUGUGGUGUGGUGUGUUGUUACCCAAUGAGAAUACUUUUAAGUUUGUUAAUUUACAAGAAGACCUCUCGUUGAGAUGUUCGAAUGAAAUGUUGUAGUAGAAUACCUAUAGUAUUCUAGGUACUGCACAAUUAGAAGCAUACCAGUUUCCAUAAGAAAAUUGAGAACCAGUGGUCUGGGUAAAACAUUAAUUGUGGUUAGUUUUUAAAAAGGAUUUUUGGAUAAUUGUUUGUUUUUCAGAUCUAUCCAAGAUAGAGACAUAGCAACUAAAAGGCACUUUGGGAGUCAAUUUGUUGUGAAGGGUUUUUCAUCUUUUAGACCUGUGAUACCUUUGGAAUGUUAUCUGCACCAAGUAGAAAUUCAAUAAAUCUGAAUGUAUAUCAAAGAAAGGAAGAUCCAUUUAGCUACUUCGCACUUUUUCUACCAGUGUUUUUUU